GUUAAUAAAAAUCAAAACUAACACAUAACCUCAAAAAUGUCAGAUUCGGAAGUUGAGAGUGGUGCUGAAAUUGAGGAAAAAAACGGUAUUUCCGGGGGAAGUGAAGAGAAUAGCGAUGUAAAUAGUGGUGAGGAAAAUGGGGUUGAUCCCGAGGACAAGGAGAAAAGCUGUUCAUGGCAGGAUUUGGGUCUAAAUGAUGUUCUCUGUGAAGCAUGUGCUGAGCUCAAAUGGAAGAGCCCAAGCAAAAUUCAGCGAGAAGCCAUUCCACUGGCACUUCAGGGGAAAGAUGUAAUUGGAUUGGCUGAAACUGGAUCCGGGAAGACAGCUGCUUUCGCAUUGCCUAUCCUGCAGAGUCUCAUGGAGACCCCGCAAUCACUGUUUGCUCUCAUCCUCACACCAACACGAGAACUUGCUGAUCAAAUUGGUGAUCAAUUCAAAGCUCUAGGAAGCGGUAUAGGAUUAAAAGUAGCUGUGAUUGUGGGUGGUAUGGACAUGACAGCGCAAUCACUUCAGCUGGCAAAGCGUCCACAUAUCGUAAUAGCCACUCCCGGACGUUUGCUGGAUCACUUGGAAAACACAAAAGGAUUCGAUUUGGAUCGCAUAAAGUACCUCGUGAUGGAUGAGGCAGAUCGAAUUCUCAACAUGGAUUUCGAGGUUGAAUUGGAUAAAAUCCUCAAGGAAAUUCCCCGAGAGCGUCGUACAUUCCUCUUCAGUGCGACCAUGACGAGUAAAGUCCGGAAGCUGCAGAGAGCUUGUCUCCGGGAUCCCGUAAAAGUUGAAGUGUCCAGCAAGUAUCAAACAGUUGAGAAACUUCAGCAAUACUACGUGUUUAUCCCGUCAAAAUUCAAAGAUAUCUACCUGCUGCAUAUUCUCAAUGAUCUCGCUGGCAAUAGCUUCAUGAUCUUCUGCAGUACGUGCAACAAUACCCUGAGAACAGCGUUAAUGCUGCGAGAAUUGGGCCUGGCUGCAGUGCCCCUUCAUGGACAAAUGUCACAGAAUAAGCGCCUGGCAGCUCUGAAUAAAUUCAAGGCAAAGAGCAGAUCAAUACUAAUUGCAACGGACGUAGCAUCUCGUGGUCUGGACAUCCCCCAUGUGGACGUUGUGUUGAAUUUCGAUAUUCCCACCCACAGCAAGGACUACAUUCAUCGUGUGGGUCGAACAGCCCGUGCGGGACGUUCCGGGAAGGCAAUCACCUUUGUUACGCAGUACGAUGUGGAGCUGUACCAGAGAAUAGAACACCUAAUUGGGAAACAGUUGCCGCAGUAUGAAUGCGACAAGGAUGAGGUGAUGGUGCUACAGGAGAGAGUUGGAGAGGCACAACGGAGUGCCAAAGUGGCUCUAAAGGAGAUUGAAGAUAAGAAGAGUUCCGGGAAGAAUAGGAAAAAUGCCGAUGGCAGUGACGACGAUACUGAGCAGUAUGUUGGCGUCCGGAAGAGGAUAAAGUCCUCAAAAGGGGGCAAGGGGAACAAAUUCAAGAAAAUGAAGAGAAAAUAAAAUAAAAUUUGCGCCAAAAUUUA